AUGCCUACUAGCUCAUUGCUCACCUUCGCUCUCAGUGUCACUGCCGUUUCUGAAAUGGCCUGCCGGAAACCUGGUAGCACUCUCAAUACUGAAUUGACUGAUACCUCUGGAGCUUACUGCCAGUUCCCGUCAAGCAUCAACUGCCCAGUGAACGGCGGGAUUCACAUCACGAACGGCACACUUAUCCAGGCAGUUGUUAACGCUGAUAGAAGUGGAUGGCCUGUGGAAUAUAACGCAGCUAAUACGGCUUGUGGACACUGCGCCACCCCGAAUCUUCAUAACAUUCCUCACUGGACCAUGAGACUUCCAAACCUAGCUGGUACGUUAUACUACGCAUUGGCUUCUAACGGUACCUUCUACUUUUGCACCACGAUGUCAGGAAUAAGCCCAUUUGGCUGGCUCGGUCAGUGGAAAGAAAACAAAGCAGUGUUGUGA